AUGGCGGAGAGCCCGGCGGCCGAGGACGCGGCCCCGGCCCCGGCCGCGGUGCUGGGGGCGGGCGGCGGCGGCAGCGCCUCGCCGAGCGCCGCCGGCUCCGCGGGCACCCCCGGCGUCUUCAUCCCCGCCGAGCUCUGGGCGGCCGCGGGUUUCGGCGCCGCCGCCGCCGCCGCGCCCGGCACCGGCGUGGCCCCCGCGAGCGGCGGGGCCCCGAUGGCGGCGGCGGCGGCGGCGGGGGCCGCGCUCCUCACGCACUCGGCCUUCUGGGACCCCACGGUCAGCGGGGACUGGGACAGCGAGAGGCCCAGCCCGGCCUGCCUGCUGCGGAUCAAACGGGAUAUCAUGUCCAUUUACAAGGAACCACCCCCAGGAAUGUUUGUUGUGCCUGAUCCCCACGACAUGACCAAGAUUCAUGCAUUGAUCACAGGCCCAUUUGACACGCCUUAUGAAGGGGGUUUCUUCUUGUUCCUGUUUCGCUGUCCUCCAGAUUAUCCCAUCCACCCACCCCGGGUCAAACUGAUGACAACGGGAAAUAACACAGUGAGGUUUAACCCCAACUUCUACCGCAAUGGGAAAGUCUGCCUGAGUAUUCUGGGCACCUGGACCGGGCCUGCCUGGAGCCCAGCUCAGAGUAUCUCCUCAGUCCUCAUCUCCAUCCAGUCCCUGAUGACUGAGAACCCUUAUCACAACGAGCCCGGCUUCGAGCAGGAGAGGCACCCUGGGGACAGCAAGAACUACAACGAGUGCAUUCGGCACGAGACCAUCCGGGUGGCAGUGUGUGACAUGCUGGAAGGGAAGUGUCCCUGUCCCGAGCCUUUAAGGGGUGUCAUGGAGAAGUCCUUCAUGGAAUACUACGACUUCUACGAAGGGGUGUGUAAAGAGAGGCUGUAUCUCCAAGGACAAACCAUGCAGGAUCCCUUCGGUGAGAAGCGAGGCCACUUUGACUACCAGUCGCUGCUGGUGCGUUUGCAGGGGAUCCGGCAGAGGGUGCAGGAGAAGCACCAGCAGGAGCCCCCGGAGAUGGACUCAGAGAGCAGCUCCUCCGAGACAGAGACGGACCCGCAGGGCUGCUCCAAAGCUUAGAGGGGGCUGCUCUGCCCACAGCCCCGACAGACUCCACCACCCACCCACUGCCAGAGCAGGAACACGGGGGCCCCCCUGCCCCCCUCACUGCUCUGGGAAACGCUGACUGAGGAGGCUCCAGGCUCGCCAAGCCCCGCUGGUGCCAGGCUGCUCCCGAAGGUACUCCCUGUGCUAGCAAAGCCGCAGCACGUGGCGCCAGGUUAUUUUGGUUUGGAAACACCUACACUGGUUGUUUGAGGUUUUUUUUUUUUGUUUUGUUUUGUUUUUUGUUUUUUUUUUUCCCCUCCAUUUGAUUAAAGAAUGAGAUCUAGACUGCAAA